AUGGCAACUAUUAUGGAUUUUUUAUUACGUCAAGGUUUAAAUGUUCCAGUUGGAUAUUCAUCAGUUGGUAGUCAAUCAACAUCGUCAUCAUCAACUUCAAUUCCAAUGGAUAGUUCAUUAAGAAAUGUUGAUUAUUUACCAGAAAUUGAUAUCACUGAAACCAAAGAUUCUUUAAUUAUUGAAUGUGAAUUGGCUGGUGUAUUAAAAGAAGAUAUCUCUAUUGAAGUAGCUGAAUCUAAAUUAAUUAUCAAAGGUGAUAAAAAGAGAUAUGCCUAUAGAAGACCAAAUCAAUCUUGGUCAUAUGAUGAUAAAAACCAAAUUUCACAAUCCUCUAAAAUCUCUGAACAAUCAAGUGGAGCUGAUCAAUGGCAACAUAGUAAUGAUCCAAAUGUAGAUUCUCAAUCAAAUCUAAAUAUGCCAUCAUCUAAACAAGAUCCAAAUGUUCAACAAUCUCGAGUUGGAAAUGUACCAGAAUCAAAAGUAAAUAGAAAUGACACUACUGAACCUAAUUUACCAUCUCAACCUUUCCAAUCUGAUAUGAAUCCAUCAUCAUCAUCAUCAUCAAUUGAAAAACAACAAAUCCCAAAUGUUAGUCAUCCAUCAUUUCAACAAUGGUCUGGUCAACCACAACCACAACAACAACAACAACAACAACAACAACAACAACAACAACAACAACAACAACAACAACAACAACAACAACCAUUUGAACAACAAUCACAACAACAAUCAAAUUUAAAUGAUCCUAUGCAAAGACAAGAUUCAAAAGAAAUUUCUCAACCAUCUGAAUUACAAAGAUCAAAUUUUGGCGAAUCAAGUGUAAAUCAACCAUCCUCUUCUUCUUCUUCUUUACUUGGAUCAGAUAAUAGUCAAUCAAAUGUUGAUUUACCAUCCUCAAGAUCUGUUGAACCACAAAGACCAAAUGUUAGUGAUUCAGAUACUAACCAAGGAUAUUCACAAUCUGUAGAACAAAGACUUGGUAAUACUCAACAGCAAUCAUCACAAUUACCACAACAACAACAACAACAACAAGAUCAACCAAGAUCAAAUGUAAAUGAACCUUCUUUUCAACAAUGGUCUUCUCAACAAGAUCAACAUAGAUCAAAUGUUAAUGAUCCUUCUUCUCAACAAUGGUCUUCUCAACCAUCUGAACAACAACAAAAAUCAAAUAUUAGUGAAUCAAAUGUUAGUCAACCAUCAUCUACACAAUUUGUUGAAAAUAUUCCAAGUAAUUUAGAACAAUUACCUCAACAAGAGCAACAAAGAUCAAAUGGAAAUGAACCUUCUUCUCAACCAUGGUCUUCUCAACCAUCUGAACAACAAAGAUCCAACAUAAAUGAACCUCCUUCUCAACAAUGGUCAUCUAAACAAGAUCAACAAAGAUCAAAUGUUAAUGACCCUUCUUCUCAACAAUGGUCAUCUCGACCAUCUGAACAACAACAACAACAACAAAAACCAAAUAUUGGCGAAUUAAAUGUUAAUCAAGCAUCAUCUGAUGUAUGUUCUGGUCCAUCAGUAUCAGAAACUAGAAAACAAUUUGAAGAAAACUAUCUUAAUGAACAACAAAGACAACCACAACAACAAGAUUUAAGUUCAUUACAUAAAGAUGAAAAGAAACCAUCGUCAUCAUCAGUUUCUCAAACUGCUCAAUUAUUUGAACCAAAUAAACGCGAAGAACAAAGAAAAGAUAAACCAGAAGAAAAGAAAUUCGAUUCUGAUAUAAUUAAAUCAUCUGAACCAACAAAUGUUGAAUCAAUUGAAAAUAAAGAUUGGAUACAACAAAAACCACAAGAACAACAACAAGAGCCAAGAGAAAUUUCUUCAACAGAAACAUCAAAUCUUCAACAACCAAUGGAAAGACAAAUCAAUACUGAAACUCCAAAAGAACAACAAGUAUCACCUCAACAACAACAACCUCAACAACAACAACAACCUCAACAACAACAACAACCUCAACAACAACAACCUCAACCUCAACAACAACAACAAGAAAGAAAAUAUAUCUCUGAAAGAACUUUUGGACAUUUUAAGAGAACAAUGGACCUUUCCAAGAUGUUAUAUCGUUUAAAUUUAAGAGAAGAAGUUCAAACUCAUUUCGUUAAUGGUCUUUUAAUCAUUAUACUCAAUAAGAAACCAUUUGAACCAUCAAUUAAAAUUCCAGUAAAUUAA